UGAUAGGUGGCUGAUAAACUUUGCCUCUAAAAUCCCUAAGGGAAGAAUAAAUCCCUACUUUCUCCUUGUUUUGGGACUUCCUCCUUUAUAGACUUUCAGCUAAAACCUCUUUGAAUAGAUUUUUUUUUCUGUAUCACCAUGGAUAUUGGUGGCUUGACCACAGUGGUGGCCAACUCUGCCUACAUCUCUGCCCGUGGGAGCUUUGAUGGCACCGCCAAUCCAGCCAUCAACCGAGACAAGAAGUACCGCUCCCGCCUGAAGCUGCCUCACAUCACAGUUUGUGAAGGUCUGCGUGAAACCUUGGACCUCGGCUUCAACACUGUCUGCAUGGAGCAGCCCAUCGGCAAACGGCUUUUCCAGGAGUUCUUGGACUCCAACAACGAGUAUAAAGGCCCCUGCCGUCUUUGGAAGGAUAUCGAGGAAUAUAACAUGGCUGAGGACGAGGACAGAGCCAGUAAAGCCGGCAAGAUCCUGUCUCGGUACAUGGAGCCCGAAGCCAAGUAUUACUGCCCCUUUCUGCCGGAGAAUGGCAUCACAAAGGUCAAGGAGAAACACCAAGAAGCAGGCGACGACCUUUUCAAUGCGACCAUGGACAGCGUCACGGACUUCCUCAAAGAAGUGCCCUACACUUUCUUCCUGGAGAGCAUGUAUCUGAAGAGAUUCCUGCAGUGGAAGUGGCUGGAGAUGCAGCCAGUGGGAGAAGACUGGUUUUUGGAUUUCCGUGUUUUGGGUAAAGGUGGUUUUGGGGAAGUGUCCGCCUGUCAGAUGAAAGGCACAGGAAAACUGUAUGCCUGCAAAAAGCUCAACAAGAAAAGGUUAAAGAAAAGAAAAGGUUAUGAGGGGGCAAUAGUGGAGAAAAGGAUCCUCGCCCGAGUUCACAGCAGGUUCAUUGUCUCCCUGGCUUAUGCCUUCCAGACAAAAAUCGAGUUAUGUCUGGUCAUGACCAUCAUGAAUGGAGGAGACCUGAGGUAUCACAUCUACAAUGUGGAUGAGAACAACCCAGGCUUUGAUGAGCCACGGGCUUGUUACUAUGCGGCACAGAUUAUCCAGGGCAUGGAGCACCUCCACCAGAAGAGGAUCAUUUAUAGAGACCUGAAGCCAGAGAAUGUGCUGCUGGACAAUGAGGGUAACGUACGAAUCUCAGAUCUGGGUCUCGCCGUGGAGCUGGCAGAUGAUCAGCUCAAAAUCAAGGGCUAUGCUGGGACUCCAGGUUUCAUGGCUCCUGAGCUUCUUAAAGGCGAAGAGUACGACUACUCUGUGGAUUAUUUCACUCUGGGAGUCACACUCUAUGAGUUCCUGGCUGCUAAGGGACCUUUCAGGAGUCGCGGGGAGAAGGUGGAGAACAAGGUGGUGAAGAAACGGAUUCUGAACGAUCCCGUAACCUAUCCCGAAAAGUUCAGCGAGAGCGCCCGGUCCAUCUGCGAGGGUCUGCUGUGCAAGGAGGUGGACAACAGGUUCGGGUUCAAGGACGGCUCGUGUGACGAGCUGAGGGCUCACCCCUUCUUCCAGGAUAUUAACUGGAGGAAACUGAAUGCAGGAAUCCUACCUCCCCCUUUCGUGCCAGACUCUAAGACGGUGUACGCCAAGGACCUGGAUAACGUCGGCGCCUUCUCCACGGUGAAAGGCGUGGCUCUGGAAGACGUAGACAAGGAAUUUUUCGAUGAGUUCGCCACAGGGAACAUCCCCAUCCCCUGGCAGGAGGAGAUGAUAGAGACCGGGAUCUACGGAGAGCUCAACGUGUGGGGCCCCGGCGGCACCCUGCCCAACGACCUGCGGCGUGAAUCCAUCCUGGAGCAGCCGCCCAAGUCCUCCACCUGCACGCUGUGCUGAGAGUUCAACAUGAAACCUCUCUUCUCUAUAUGAGUGAUUGAACAGGGACUGUCAUAAGUACUGAGCACUUUUCAGGCAAGAAGUCAGUGAAGGAAAAUUCAUGUCAUCAAUGAUUCUUCUUUUUG